UAUAGUCCACUAAACAAGGACACAAAUGAGAUACGAGUCGUUAAGAUAUCUCCUCAAGUAGACCCAAAGUUCAACGUUAGUUGCGAGUUCACUAUAGUCUCGUUAGACGCCAAGCCAGUCUACAGAGCGCUGUCCUACACCUGGGGAGAUCCGAAAGACACACUCCCUAUUACAUUGAACGGCCAUCGCUUCGAGGUCACACGUAAUCUCAAACGCGCACUCCAACGCCUUCGUACGCUAGGGACUGAAGUAUCAAUCUGGAUCGAUGCAAUAUGCAUUAAUCAAGUCGACAUGGACGAGCGUAUGCACCAAGUCCAACUGAUGCGCGUCAUCUACCAAAAUCCAGAAGAAGUUAUAGUCUAUCUAGGG